AGGUUCACACGCAUGUGGGUCUUACAGGAAAUUGUCCUAGCACGCCACGCGCUCUUCAUCUGGGGCGCGGCCUCGAUCUCCUGGCCCACGCUCUGCGCCGCCAUCUCCGCCAUCCACGCUAACUCCUACCUGCACGCGCUCCUCGAGUGCCGCAACCUGCAAAACGCGUUCCUGAUGAAGUACCUCUGCGAGCAGCAGCGCAAGGGCGAGAGCAAGUCUCAUCCGUUCUUACAUCUGCUGGAUGUAGCGAGGAGCUUUGAUGUUAGCGAGCCGAGGGAUAAGGUGUAUGGGUUGUUGGGGUUUUCGACUAUUAAUGCGGCUAAGGAGAGCGGUGUGUUUGUCAUGCCCGAUUAUGGUGUCUCGAUUGUGGAAGUCUAUAUGCAGGUUGCCAGGACGUUGGUGGAGAGGGAGGAGGCGCUGAAUGUGCUAAGUUUUGUGGUGCAUGGCAAAGCUGACGAAGAUGAAGAAGGCGGGAACGAGGGAAAACGGAACGGAUUGCCGUCCUGGGUCCCGGAUUGGAACUGCAAGGACGUCGUGUUCCCCUUCAUGGGGUAUAGGCCGGCGAACAGGCACCACGCGGGGACAGCUCGCCCGAUGCGCUUGCUACCGACAGAAGACCCAAAGUGCCUGAGCUUGAAAGGUGUAGCUGUGGACGUUGUUUCUGAGGCAAGGGAUCGUAUCUUGUUCACGCAGCUGCACCGGUCACCAACCAUACUGAAAGAGCUAGUACAGUGGUGUCUGCGAGCGAACGUCGACGCGCUCACGCUAGCGAAGACACUGACCGGCGGGAGAGACGUAAGCGGUACGCUGAUCCAGGAUGACGAACAGCAUCUUGCGGACUUUAUCGCGCUUCUCCAAAACUUUGAAAUCGACCUGCACGCCGUCUGGCCGAGCGAAGCAUCCUUGCUUUCUGCUCUCGGUGCGCGAAAAGGCAAUCCAGAUAGGGCGACGGAGGCGGUAUGGAGAUAUACAUGCUAUCGCGCUCCUGUCCUUACGGGGGGUGGGAGGUUGGGGCUUGGGCCGGGGGCGGCGAGAGCUGGGGAUGUGGUGGCUGUGCUUUGGGGUGGACAGAUUCCGUUCGUAUUAAGGGAGAUGGAGGCCGGGUGGAAGUUUGUGGGGGAUGCGUGUGUGGGCGGAUUGAUGCGUGGAGAGGUUAUGGAGCUUGUGGAGAGCGGAGAGAUCGAAGAGAGGGUGUUUGAGAUGAGAUAGACGUGCGUCGUGAUAGACAUUUCUGCCCUUG